AUUGCUCCUUCGCCAUACUGAGGCUCAGAGUAAGUAAGCUCUUAAUUCCUACACUCACAAGGUUUUUGGCUUGCGUUUGAUUCUCCAUCUAGUCUCUGAAAUUAAUUUUCCGUGGCCUUACUUUUCCAUUUUCAAUUCUGGAUUUGUGGAUUAGAGCUCUCUAACCAAACAUAGGGUAAAACGAAGAGUUUUCACACGGCAAUGGCGAAUUACUACGAUAUUGACGAUAUUCUCGCGGAGGAAGAGCUAGUCUCGGUCGUGUUCCAAAAGGCGGUGAAUGGAGUGGGAAUAGAUCCCAGUUCUGAAACGGAUAGUGUUGAACCGGGUUCGAAGGUAGAGCUGCCUUUCUGGCUUGCCCAUGAGUUGCACUUGAGACAAAUAGCGACGAUGAAGCUCCCUCCGUGUUUCAAUCAAAAAACCAGGCUAGAACUUGGAGCCGACGCUGCAUGCGUGGAUCUGAGAUCUCGGUGUCCAUACUUUUAUGAAUUUGGAUGCAAAAUAGCACCACUAGUUGGUGAUAGAGAUAUGGGAUCCUUCCUCUUGUCUGCAUUUAAGAACAGAUACCAGGAAGUCCUGGCAAAGGCACACACUGCUGCAUUUGCAGCUGCUUCCAAAUCCUUGACCGUCUUAACGAAAGAAGAGACCAACUUGUAUGAGGCAGCUCAAUCAUCAAUGGCUGCCUUUAAGAAAUGGCGGAUCGGUGGUCCUAGAUUCCAGAAAGCAGCUGUUCUUGGGAGGAAGAGGAAACCAACAGAAUAGUUGCUCUCUCCAACUUCAAGAUUGCAUUCUUUUGCAUCAUUAUGUCGACAUUGAUUCUUUCCUGUAAGUUUGAGAAAUAGAUGAUCUAUGC